GGUUAUGCCAUUCGGACCCCCUCAGUGACUACUCUACCGAUCAAGCAUCGCACGUGCCCUACCCAUGAAGGUCUUUCAGAACACACAGCCAUGGCUUGAAAAUGACACGCGUCCCCAUCCCACCCUACCCGACAUGCGAGGGCCCUUCUGCCCUGCCUAACUUGCUUAGACGUUGCAAUCGGUCUCACAUCUCAUCUGUCGGAGCGUGGAAGAGGCGCAGAGACACUGUCCAAUCAGCACGGCGAUGAUGCCGAUCGAGCGGUGCGCUGCCACUCUCAGACGCACCAACAGACGGACGGACAGAAUGCGAAGAAGCAGACACGCAUGACAACACAAAACCAUAAGAUAUCCCCCCCCCAUUUGUUGUACGGCGUCCGCACUUGCCUUGCCUGCCUCUGACUCGCCAACCAAACGAACGGGCAUCCAGGCCCACACAGCCACCCACCGUGAGCAAUAGAUGGAUGGACCCGGUGCGAACUCAUGUUGUCCCUUUCUCCCUCUCCCUCUCUCUCUCUCUCUCUCUGCGAUCGGUCUGUAAGUCAGUAGACUUGAAAGACCCCACAAGACAGACAGACAGACAGACAGGCAAGCACCCAACCGGCAGGCAGCCCACUCCAGCCCGCCCACACCACACCACACUGCUCACAGAUAAAACGCAACGCUCACACUGCUCACACAUACCUCCCACUCCCUGGCCUCAUUCGAUGAUCCCAUGGAUGAAUUGCCGCCGUUGGUCGGUUAUAUAUAUAUGUGUGUGUGGAAUUGUGUCAGUGUACAUGGACGCACGCGUCGCAAAAACACAAUGUGUGCGCACCAGGCAGGCAGACAGACAGACCGAGAAACAAGCAGCAACCAGUGCGACGGGGGGGUUGGCCACCAGCAGCCAACACACGUGCACCCAGGCAGGCAGGCAGCUACAAUACAGCCAUCCGGACCGACCAACCACUGAACGGCCCGGGGACCCUUAAAUCCUUUCACUCACGUGCGUGCGUGGCCAUCAGCCCAGCCCGUGUGCAUCUUCCUUCCGCUGCUUCCAUUGCACUGCACGCCUGCAUAGCAUAAAGCACCAUUGAUUGAAACCCACAAAAGACAGGCAGGGAGGCACCCAACCGAGAAAGCAACCAUGGACAUUCACACACACACACACACAUGAUUUAAAUGCCUCCCCCGCCCUGUCGCCAUGUCCGUCUAUCGGAUCUUGACGACCCGCUCGCGUGUGCACUCGACAUUCAGUGGCACCUUGACUUCCAGCACCCCAUCUCUCAUCCUGACACACACACAGAGAAGGAGGUGAGCAUGAAGCGGCAUUUCGGCACCCCCGCCAUCCCUCAGCAAUCAUCCCUCCUAACCUGGCGCGGAUGCGGGGCAGCUUGGCCGCCUCGGGCAGGUGGAACGAACGGCGGAAGUGGCCCUUGGCACGCUCACGGAGGACAUAUCGGCUGUUGGAUUCACUGCUGAUGGGAGACUGCACACACAGCCACACACACAGGGAGAGAGGAGACAGACUGACAGGCAGACAGACUGGUGGGCCGGCAUCCGCAUUGCAUCGGCAUGUCUGCUGUCCGUCUGUCUAGUGUCGGUCAUCCCACCCACCUUGAAGGCUUGCUUCUGCGCGCCGGAUAUGGUGAGGAGUCCCUCGUUGUUGACCUGCAUGGUCAGGUCGUUCCUCUUGAGCCCGGGCAGAUCUACACACACACACGCACCACACACUCAGAGUGAGACAAAACAACCCGAAUGCGUGCAUCUCUCGUCUCGUCACUGUCGCGUAUUUGCCCGCCCUCCCACUCGAUCACCUGCAGUGAUGAUGAUCUGAUCUGGGGAGGAAACGACGUCCGCAUCGAACAUGUAGUUGUGUCCCCCUUCAUCUCUGUCCUUGCCGUUCUCCGACACGAAGCAGGCAGCACACAUGCUCUUCAGUGCAUCCAAGAACCCGCUGGUCUUGCCCCGCCGCUGCGGCGCCAGGAGAUGCACGGCGGACGGCCGCACCUUUGUCUGUUGGAGACGUGUGUACGCCGUCAAGGGCGUAGAAGCAGCAUCUGCGGCAGCAAGGCCGAGGGACACGAGGACGGCACAGAUGAGGGCCAUGGUAGCAGCACCGGCAGUAGCGGAGAUAGCGGUUUCACG